AUGUCUGGCAAUAUGCAAAAGGAUAUUUUCUGUGACAUGUGUACAGAGGAGGACAGGAAACCAGCAAAGAAGACCUGCAUGAAGUGUGAGAUCUCCAUGUGUGUCCAGCACCUCCAGGCUCACCUGACCACACCUGUGCUCCUGCAGACUCAUCCUCUGACUGAACCCAUGGCUUUAUGUGGGAACACUAAAUGUUCUCAGCAUGGAAAACUCCUGGAGUAUUACUGCUUGGAUGACAUGACCUGUGUGUGUGUUUCCUGCGCCAUUGAGGACCAGCACCGCCUACACAACAUGAAGACCUUCUCCACAGCCCACAAAGAGCUCCUGGAGAAGCUCAAAGCUGAGCAGCAGAUCUUAGAGGAGAAAACAGACGAUGAGGAUGUGAGUCUGGAAAAGUGGGAGAAGAGUGAAAGAGAGAAGCUGGGUCGCUGCAGUGGGCGUCUGAUUGAGGCUGUGACUAACCUGCGUGACAUCUCUCUGAGCAGCAUCCAGAGUUCAGUCUCUGCUCGUAUGGUGUCCCUCAAAACCAGCAAGAGCAGCAUUGAAGCAGCACUGAAGGAGAAGGACACCUUCAGUUUCCUGCAGAUGUAUUCUCAGGUGCAUCAGGAUGUGGAGAAGGCCAAAGCUGUGGAUCUGAGAAAAGGGCUGGAGCCGGGCAGCGAUCUUGACAAACUGGUUCUGGAGAUAAGACAGAAUGGGGAGAAGAUGGUGAAGCAAGCAUCUCAGUUCUGGGGAUCAUUGCUGACUCUGGUUGAUCCUGAGAACCAUCAGGAGCUUGUUCCCACUGAUUCUGAUCUGAUCUUUGACCCACAGGUUUUGGGUCCUGGCAUGUCGCUGUCCAAAGAUAACAGGAAGGUGUUCAAUAAUAGCUGUCUGGGACAGUGCAGUGCAACUCUUCUGAUCUGUAGCACCAAGAAAGUUUGUAAGUAUCAGAGGUGGAUCAUCAGUCUCUCCAAAGAGUCUGAUUGGAAGAUUGGUUUAUGUGACAAAAAGUCUGUAAAGAACCUGAAGGAUGGACCUGUGUAUGGACUGUGCUGUGAAGAUAACCAGCUCAGCAUUCUCACAAUGCAGAGUGAUGAUGAUUCUGAUGCAUCAUUCAAAGAAGGAGAAACUAACAAGUCCAAAACAGCCAAAACAGGAAAGCAACACACGGUGUGUUCUGAGUUAAUUACUUAUGAGGAGGAGAAUGGAGAUGAGCCCGUACCACGACCAGAAAAGGUGGAGGUGUUGUGGAACUUUAAUGCCGCCACCCUGUCCUUCUUCAGCCGAACUGGACCGCACCAGAGGGAAGAAAUAAUCACAGUUGAGAUGAGCCUCAACAACAGGGUGCUAACUCCAUUUGUCCGACUGGGAAAGGAAAAUGUCCACAGCAAUUCCCAGCAGCAGUGGAAAUGUUCAUGUGGGAAAGUUUACUUCUGGGAUGGUAAUGGAUACCGGGAUUGUAGUUCUGGCCACUCUCACCAAGCUAAAUGUUCCUGUGGAAAAGUUCUUGGUGUCACAGAGAUGGUUUGUGCACUUUGCUAAUCUGAACUCUGCUCAUCAUUUAGUUUUUUGCUCUCACUGAAUGAAAAUACGUUUAACUGUUUCUGAGUGGUUGUGAGAUGAAUACAGUGUGAAGCAUCUU